CCCAGCCUGUUGCUUAUUCAUUCAGAGUGGGAAAGCGCCAGCCAAGCGGCCAGCCAGUGCCGGGCUGGCCAUGUAAGGCCCCCAGGCAGUCCUGCCUGCCCAGUGCCCUGCAGAGAGGCUUCUGCAGCCCUGGGCACCGCCCCUGCCCUGCCCUGACCCCUUGGCCUCGAAAUGCUGUCAUCGGAGGAGCGGUCCCGCUCGGGACAAGGCCAGGAUGGACAAAGCUAGAGCUGGGGCAGGCAAGGAGCCGUCCUGUCCUCGAGGCCGUGGGAAGAAAAGCAGGCACAGGGGGCCACUCCCGAGAGCCUCUCGGUCCAUCAGGCCUCUGCAGAGGGGCCACCAUGGCUCUGGCCCCAGCCGGCUGGCAGCUGGGGGCCCUAGUGUGGGGCGCCUGCCUCUGCGUGCUGGUGCAUGGGCAGCAGGCGCAGCCGGGGCAGGGCUCAGAUCCGGGACGCUGGCGGCAGCUGAUCCAGUGGGAGAACAACGGGCAGGUGUACAGCCUGCUCAACUCGGGCUCCGAGUACGUGCCGGCGGGGCCUCAGCGCUCCGAAGGUAACUCCCGAGUGCUGCUGGCCGGAGCCCCCCAGGCCCCGCAGCGGCGCAGCCAGGGGGGCCUCCGGCGUCGGCAGGCCCCAUCCCUGCCCCUGCCCGGGCGCGUCGGCUCGGACACCGUGCGCGGCCAAGCACGGCACCCCUUUGGCUUCGGCCAGGUGCCCGACAACUGGCGCGAAGUGGCCGUCGGGGACAGCACAGGCAUGGCCCGGGUCCGCACCUCCGUCUCCCAGCAACGGCAUGGGGGCUCCGCCUCCUCGGUCUCGGCCUCGGCCUUCGCCACCACCUACCGCCAGCCGCCCUCCUUCCCGCAGCAGUUCCCCUACCCGCAGGCGCCCUUCGUCAGCCAGUACGAGACGUACGACCCCGCGUCGCGGACCUACGACCAGGGCUACGUGUACUACCGCGGCCCGGGAGGCGGCCUGGGCGCAGGGGCAGCGGCCGUGGCCUCGGCGGGGGUCGUCUACCCCUUCCAGCCCCAGCCCCGGGCGCGCUACGAGGAGUACGGCGGCGGCGGCGAGGAGCAGCCCGAGUACCCGCCGCAGGGCUUCUACCCGGCUCUGGAGAGGCCGCCCGCGCCGCAGCCGCCGCCGCAGCCCGCCGACGGCCUGGACCGCCGCUACUCGCACAGCCUGUACCACGAGGGCACCGCGGGCCUCGAGCAGGCCUACCCCGACUCGGGCCCCGACGCCGCGCAGCCCAACGGCGGCACCUACGGCGGCGACCCCCGCUACGGCUGGUACCCGCCCUACGGCAACAUGCCGCCAGAGGCCUACAGCCCGCCGCGGGCCGUGGAGCCGCAGCCCCCUUUCCGCGUGCUGGAGCCUCCCUACCUGCCCGUGCGCAGCUCCGACGCGCCCCCUCCGGGUUCCGAGCGCAGCGGCGCGCAGCAGGGCCGCCUCAGUGUGGGCAGCGUGUACCGGCCCAAUCAGAACGGUCGAGGUCUUCCUGACUUGGUCCCGGACCCCAACUACGUGCAAGCGUCCACCUACGUCCAGAGAGCCCACCUGUACUCCCUGCGCUGUGCUGCCGAGGAGAAGUGUCUGGCCAGCACAGCCUAUGCCCCAGAGGCCACCGACUAUGACGUGCGGGUGCUGCUGCGUUUCCCCCAGCGCGUGAAGAACCAGGGCACAGCAGACUUCCUCCCGAACCGGCCACGGCACACCUGGGAAUGGCACAGCUGCCACCAACAUUACCACAGCAUGGACGAGUUCAGCCACUAUGACCUGCUGGACGCAGCCACAGGCAAGAAAGUGGCCGAGGGCCACAAGGCCAGCUUCUGCCUGGAGGACAGCACCUGCGACUUCGGCAACCUCAAGCGCUACGCGUGCACCUCUCACACGCAGGGCCUGAGCCCAGGCUGCUAUGACACAUACAACGCGGACAUCGACUGCCAGUGGAUUGACAUAACCGACGUGCAGCCUGGGAACUACAUCCUCAAGGUGCACGUGAACCCAAAGUACAUUGUUUUAGAGUCUGACUUCACCAACAAUGUGGUGAGAUGCAACAUCCACUAUACAGGUCGCUACGUUUCUGCAACAAACUGCAAGAUUGUCCAAUCCUGAUCGGGGAGAGGAUGUGCAGACGGCCAACCUCCCCACCUCCCAAAGCAGGCCCAGCUCCCCGGCAGCCUCCUGCCAGGACAAGCCCGGCCCAAUGGGUCCAGCCCCCCGCCCACAGGGGGGGCCACUGGACGCCGGGAGCACCCUCCCCUGCCCGCCUCAGGGAGCGAUCGUGGACUGAAACCACAGGGAUUCCGGAUGCCAGGCCCAGUUGUGUACUUAACUUUCCCCUACAACGUUAUUUUGUCGGUUGUUGGUUUUUUAUUUUUUAUAUUUUGGCCGUACCGCAGCGCAAGAUUACCCAGGCCGGGGCUGAAUAAAAUAAGGUUUUUCUA